AUGAAGCCAAGUGCUUCCGCUAGGAUCCCUGCAUGUCUAGCAAUAACAAAUAUGGCCGGCGGACAGGAGGAAUUGGAGGAGGAUGCAGAAAUUGGGGAGGAGACGGCAGAGGGAACAAAUGAUUCAGAAGAACAGUUUUUAAAAACAAUGGCGUUAAUGAUAUUGAAGUUGCAGGAAAUCAAUCAUUUGCCGAUUUCAACCGUAGAUUCUAUUGUACAAGAAAUUGACUCUUUGUAUGAGCAGGCAUUUGAUCAAACAGAAGCAAAAGUUAUUAACGUGUUAAGACAGCAGGGUAUUACAGGAGAUAUAGUUAGUUCUGUCAAGGAUGUCUUUGGUAAAAAUCAUCUGAAGAAGUGUACAGAACUUCUGAAAACCAAUGCCAGACGCAACUCAUACUGGGAAAGUAGCUUAACAGUUGUUAAACCAAUAUCAGUUAUGCUAGGAAGAAAUUCUAGGCAUGUCAAAAGAGUGUACCAAUACAUUCCCAUAUUAGAUAGCAUAAGAUCCAUGCUCAGUCAGGAAGAUGCAUUAGUAGAAGUAAUGAAUUCUCACAAAAGUAAUGGACAGGAGUUGGUUGACUUUUGCGAUGGAAAAUAUUUUCGAGAAAAUCCAUUGUUUUCAAAGCAUGAAAAUGCAUUACAAGUCAUUUUGUACUUUGAUGAAUUUGAAGUAGUCAAUCCAUUGGGAUCCCGCAAAGGCAUUCAUAAGAUUGCUGCAUUUUAUUUUACCCUAGGAAACUUCAGCCCUGAAAAAAGAUCAGAAUUGAAUCCAAUUCAACUUUGUGUAUUAUGUACAAAUAAAGACUUGAGAGAAUUCGGAUUUGAAUCAGUUUUGCAGCCACUAAUUAAUGAUUUGAAGCAAUUAGAAACUGUUGGAACAGCUAUUCCUGGUUUGGAAAGUAAUCUGCUUGGUAGUUUAGCAUAUAUAAGUGCGGACAAUUUGGGAAGUCACCAAAUUGGAGGUUUUGUAGAAUGUUUCAACUACAGUGUGAAAAACAUGUGUCGCUUUUGUUUAGCAAACACAGAGGACACUCAGACAGAUUAUGAUAGUACACAUUUUGAAAGUAGGAAUGUUGAAAAUUACAAUCAUCAUGUCCAUCAAAUGGAUGUAAACUCUGGUAGUAAGUGUACUUCUGUAUGUGGUGUCAAAAGAGACUCGCCUUUCAAUAGCUUGCAAUAUUUCCAUGUCACCCGUGGGCUUCCACCUGACUGCAUGCACGACAUCCUGGAAGGUUGUGCAAGGUAUGAAGUCCCUUUGGUGUUGCAGUCCUUGGAAAAAGAUUGUAUAGUUAAAAGUACAGAUAUUUUGAGCAGUUUACAGACAUGGAAAUAUGGUAUGCAUGAUUCAACAACUAAACCGACGACUCCAACUUGUAUUUCGUCCUUCACACAGAGUGCCUCACAAAUGUGGACCCUACUACGUUUGAUGCCAUUAAUCAUUGGCAAGUUUAUACCAGAGGAAAGCAAGGUUUGGGAAGUACUUCUGUUGCUCAAAGAUAUAACAGAAUUAACGUUUUCUCCAAAAAUGUCUCCUGCUAUGUGUGCAUAUCUGAAGGCUUUGAUCAUUGAUCAUCAUAAACUUUUUAAGGAAGUGUUCCCAAAUGAAAAUCUUAGAUCAAAGCAUCAUUUUCUUAUUCACUAUCCUGAGAUGAUAAUGAACUUCGGACCUGUAAGAACUUGCUGGUGCAUGCGUUUUGAGGCUAAGCAUAGCUAUUUCAAACAGUUAGCUUUAAGAGUUGGAAAUUUCAAAAACAUUAAUGCCACAUUGGCACAAAGGCAUCAAAACUUGCAGGCAUACAUCACAUCGAGUGGUAAUGAUAUUUUCAAAACCCAUUCUGAGGUUCUAAAGAGCUCAAAUGUAGCACUUGCAUCACUUGAUCCUAAUGUAGGUCAAGCUUUGAUGAACAAAGGUGUGUCAAAGAAUGAGCAAUAUCUUUCAAAACUUGACAGAGUGAAUUACAAAGGUCAUGCAUACAAACCAGGAUGUUUUGUUGUCCAUCAUUAUGAGAGUGAUGACAUUGUUUUGUCAAAGAUUAUUGCUAUGUUUUCGCACAAUUAUCAGACAUUACUGGUUGUGCAAAUUUGUGACUCUGUUUAUGAACCUCACUUCCGUGCAUACAAAAUCCUGAAAGUGGUUAAAGUUGAAGCUGUAAGAUUUGAUGAGAUUUUAGAUGUCUGUCCACUUGAUCCAUACAGACUAAACCAAUUUGUGUAUGUUGUACUAAAGCAUUCAGUGCUUUUCAGAUAG